AAAAACUUUAUUUUAAUAAGAGAUUUCACAAUAAAAAGUUAAAUUCAUUUUUAUUUACUUGAAAAGGGAACCCUUGCUGUCGGGCGUCGGCUGUCGCAACUCGCUAGUUUGGCAAAAUCUGCCCGACACCCGUAGUAUCCUUUCGGCGGGAGCCGGGAAGUCUCUUGUCUGCAAAACCGGUAAACUGGCGGGGCAUUCAGUGGCGGGAAGGAUAUCUGAUCCGAAAACUUUCCUUCCCUAUCGCGAGAAAAUGAGCAGUAGAAGAUUAACAACACUGUUACAGCCGAGCACCACGAAGCCUAAUAAUCCCCCAAAUGACGCAGCUACUCCCUUGAAGAAGCAAACCCUCGAUCUGGGAAAUGGAAGCGAAAUCAUAUAUUUCCCGCGAUUCUUACCGGUGGAUGAUACAUGGGAGUUGUUCGAUUAUCUCGACACUCGGAUCCCUUGGACCCGACCCACUGUCAGAGUCUUCGGUCGCUCCUGCCUCCAGCCUAGGGAGACAUGUUAUGUUGCGAGUCCAGGACUGCCACAACUGUCCUACAGUGGGUAUAAACCACAGCCCUAUUCUUGGGACGACUACCCUCCUCUCAAGGACAUCUUGGAAGCUGUCCACAAGGCACUUCCAGGCAGCAAGUUCAAUAGCUUGCUCUUGAAUAAGUACAAAGGUGGGAAUGAUAAUGUUGGAUGGCAUGCUGAUGACGAGAAGCUCUAUGGACCAACUCCAGAAAUCGCCUCGGUUUCAUUUGGGUGUGAAAGGGAGUUCUUACUGAAGAAGAGACCCAGUAAACCCUACUCCAAAGUUUACAGAAAAUCCGAAGAUGAGGAGCCUGCUAAGAAGCGAAUGAAGAAGAGCGAUCAACAUUCAUUCAUGCUGAAGCAUGGAUCGCUGCUGGUGAUGAGAGGUUAUACUCAAAGGGAUUGGCUUCACUCUGUGCCUAAGCGCGCCAAAAUAGAGGCGACACGAAUCAACUUGACCUUCAGGCUAGUCCUCUAAACAACCCUGGUGCACAAUGCAUCAUGUGAUCAACAAGAAGGCUUGCUGAACUUGUUCCUUCAGAAUGAAGUAUCUGAUUCUGAUGUGUGUUACAGUUUUUCUGCCUAUGUUUGAUGGCCAUGAUCAAACCCUAGUUGAGGAUCAAUUGUGCACCAAAAACUAACAGAACCCUUGUUCCUAUUCUUUUCCUUUUGGCGUAUGGUGUGCGGAUUUCAUUGGACCGGAGUCGUCGCCUCAAUCUAUUCAAUGAUUGGAGAGAGCUGGCAUGCUGCUGAAAUGGAGACACUCGGCAAUGAACCAAAGCAUUGUGGAAUGUGCUAAGACGAUCAUAUGCUUGAAAUGAGUUGUCGAUGAUAUGAAUAUAUGUGAAUCAAGGAACUUACCAUAUAGAGGUGUGUUGAGUGCGGAUGUGUUUGCUCGCUACUGCCGGCUGCGAGGCUACAAUGCUAUCUACAUCUGUGGAACUGAUGAGUAUGGAACUGCCACCGAAACGAAGGCCUUGGAGGAGAAAUGUUCCCCUAAAGAGAUUUGUGACAAGUACCAUGCCAUUCAUCGGGAGGUUUACAAAUGGUUUAAUAUAAGUUUCGACGAAUUUGGGCGAACCUCGGCACCGCAGCAGACUGAAGUCUGUCAUUCCAUUUUCAAGAAGCUGCUAGAGAACAACUGGCUUUCUGAGAACACGAUGCAGCAGCUGUACUGUGAUACGUGUACAAAGUUCUUGGCCGAUCGCCUUGUUGAGGGUACGUGUCCAACACCUGGUUGUAAUUAUGACUCUGCAAGAGGAGAUCAAUGUGAAAAGUGUGGAAAACUUCUGAAUCCAACCGAGCUGAUGGAUCCUAAGUGCAAGGUCUGUCGUAAUACCCCACGUAUUCGCGACACGGACCACUUGUUUCUUGAGCUUCCCUUGCUUAAGGAUCAACUCGUGGAAUAUAUUGAGCGCAUGUCCGUAGCGGGAUCUUGGAGCCAGAAUGCCAUCCAAGCUACUAAUGCAUGGCUUAGAGAAGGGCUCAAAUCACGUUGUAUUACAAGGGAUUUGAAGUGGGGGGUUCCUGUUCCCCAUGAGAAGUACAAGGACAAGGUUUUCUACGUCUGGUUCGAUGCUCCUAUCGGAUAUGUUUCAAUCACAGCUAGCUACACUCCUGACUGGGAGAAGUGGUGGAAGAAUCCUAAUAAUGUUGAGUUGUAUCAGUUCAUGGGAAAAGAUAAUGUCCCCUUCCACACGGUUAUGUUUCCUUCUUCACUUAUUGGAACUGGUGAAAGUUGGACCAUGAUGAAGACCAUAAGUGUGACAGAAUACUUAAAUUAUGAAGCAGGGAAGUUCUCCAAAAGUAAAGGGAUAGGCGUUUUUGGUACUGACGCAAAAGAUACUAACAUCCCUGUUGAAGUGUAUCGAUAUUAUCUACUGACUAACCGUCCAGAGGUAUCUGAUACACUAUUUACAUGGGCUGAUUUGCAAGCCAAACUUAACAGCGAGUUACUCAACAAUUUGGGGAACUUCGUCAAUAGAGUCUUGAGUUUUAUUGCUAAACCUGAAGGUGAUGGUUAUGGCUCCAUUAUUCCAGAUGCUUCAGGUGCAGAUUCUCAUCCAUUGACAAAGAAACUUGCUGAAGAAGUUGGCAGACACGUAGACCAAUAUCUAGAAGCCAUGGAAAAGGUCAAACUAAAGCAAGGACUUAAAAUUGCCAUGAGCAUUUCAAGUGAAGGAAACGCUUAUCUUCAAGAAAGUCAAUUCUGGAAGCUUUACAAGGAAGACAAACCUUCCUGUUCCAUAGUGAUACGGACCUCCGUUGGACUAGUAUAUCUUCUUGCAUGUUUGUUGGAACCCUAUAUGCCAUCUUUCUCUGCUGAGGUCUUCAAGCAGCUUAAUUUGCCUUUCGAACAAGCUUCACUUUCUGAUGAAAAAGGAGAUAUUGAGAAGGCAAAAAGACCAUGGGAGAUAAUUCCUCCUGGUCAUAAAAUUGGGACACCAGCGCCUUUGUUUAAGGAACUGAAAGAUGAAGAGGUGGAGUUCUACAGUAGCAAAUUUGCUGGCAGUCAGGCUGACAGGUUAGAGAGGGCAGAGGCUGAAGCUGUAAAGGUUGCUGCUCAACUGAAGAAGUCAAAAAUUUCAGAUGGCGGGAAAAAGCAACAAAGUAAAAAGCCUGCUGGAGAUGGUAAGUCAAAGGGAACAGUUGAGCCAGAAAUCACCAUCACAAGGCUGGAUAUUCGUGUCGGCUUGAUCAAGAAAGCACAGAAGCAUCCUGAUGCCGACUCCCUCUAUGUGGAAGAAAUUGACGUAGGCGAAGCAGAACCUAGAACAGUUGUCAGUGGACUCGUCAAUUACAUACCUCUUGAAGAUAUGCAGAAUCGCAAGGUGUGUGUUCUCUGCAACCUGAAGCCCGCCUCCAUGAGGGGAAUCAAGUCACAAGCAAUGGUUCUUGCCGCUUCCAACGGCGACCACACCAAGGUUGAAUUGGUUGAACCACCCGAAUCUGCUGCCGUCGGUGAGAGAGUCAAGUUUGGGGGUCUCGAAGGGGAGCCUGAUGGUGUGCUAAACCCAAAGAAGAAAGUAUGGGAGACACUGCAGGUGGACUUCCAAACCAACGGUGAAUUGGUAGCUUGCUUCAAAGACAUCCCAUUCACAACAUCCGCCGGGGUGUGCAAGGUUGCAUCCAUUAGUAAUGGUACCAUAAGGUAGAAAGUGUAGAGGUCACCUUUAAAUUUCAGCAUUGAUUGCAGUUUGCAGUCGAGGAAAGUGGUAGUCUCCAGUUUUGCACUCUAUUGCACUCUUUCCUCCACAGAGAAUUGCACACAAACAUAACAGUAAGCAAGUGUGAAAGGAACAUAUUUGUGUUAUUGUAGUUUGCAAUGAAUCCCUGAUGAGAAUUUGGAAUAGUACGAAAGUGCCAAUCGAGAAAGGGGCGCAGGAGCUUGAGAGUGCUUUCACUUCUUUCUCAAAUUCUGAAUAAGCGUCUUGCUAGAUGAACUAGUUUGCAUCCCCAGGAAGAGCAUCCAAGAUAUGUUUUCGUAUACAAAAUAUUUCGGAG